AUGGAUGCGUGUGACGAAGCUGACGAAGAAACAGUUCGUUUCUUCGUAAAUGCAAGUGUUGUUACUAUUUCUGUUAACUUAAGUUCAAUGUCGAUCCUUAAUGGUACAAAUUUUAAGGAUUGGAAGGAGAACAUUUUAAUUGUUCUUGGCUGCAUGGAUCUAGAUCUUACGCUUAGGACAGAGCAAUCCACUGCUCCUACAGAUAUUAGUUCCUCUGAACUGAGGGCUAAAUAUGAGAAGUGGGAUCGCUCUAACUGUAUGAGUCUUAUGAUCAUCAAGCGCGGUAUACCUGAGGCAUUUAGGGGUGCAGUGUCUCAUAGUGUCACCAAAGUUAAGGAAUAUCUCGAUGAGAUUGAAAAGCGCUUUGCCAAAAAUGAUAAGGCGGAAACAAGCACAAUUUUGAAGAGCUUGAUUUCCAUGAAGUAUAAAGGCAAGGGAAAUAUUCGAGAAUAUAUUAUGGAAAUGUCCCACCUUGCAUCAAAAUUAAAGGCACUUAAUCUUGAAUUGUCGGAUGACAUGCUUGUGCAUUUAGUGUUUAUUUCUCUUCCGAACCAAUUUAGUCAAUUUCAGAUCAAUUAUAACUGUCAAAGAGAGAAAUGUACUCUUAAUGAGCUCAUUUCAUAUUGUGUUCAAGAGGAAAAGAGGUUGAAACAAAUCAAUGCUGAAAGUGCCUAUUUGGCAAGCACCCCUAAAGAUAAGGGCAAGAAAAGAAAGAAUGAGGCUACUAAAGGUCGUUAUGUGAAGAAACAAAAGUAG